UCCUCCUCCUCCUCCUCCUCCUCCUCCGACUCUCUCGCCACCUCUCUGUGCCUGACUCGCAGGGAAACGCGGACUUUUAUACCGUGGCUAAAUUUAGGGGGCUUGGCCGGUUGCGCAGCUUCCCCAUCCUGGACGCUCUUCCUUCCCGCGGCCUCGCAUUGGUCCGACUUGUGCUGUGAAGAAUAUUUAUAAGAAAAAGCUGCUCCCUCCAGACGGCACAGCUUGCACAUGAGUGAAGAGAGCAGCAGCUCAUCGGACCGCAGAAGAAGCAACGCGCUCUGAAGCCUUUUUUUUUUUCUUCUUCUUCUUCUUCUGGAGACUCAUCGGACUCGGACUGGUGAUUUACUUUAAAAACAGAGAAAGUGCAUUUUCUCAUUAUUUAAGGACUUUUUAAACUUUUUGGUUUAACAACGCAUGGAAAUGGCCUUGAAUGGGACCAUUUUACCAUCAAUCUCUACAUUUGCCAACCACAAGGAGAAAUGUUGGGAAGAUAGGUGGAAGUGUGACAUGAGCGGCGUUGCGCUCAACAUGGACAGCAGCUGCCUCGGCAGGAAAGACGAAGAGGAACUGGAUAAGUUCUUGGAUCUUGAGUUUAUUCUCGCUAACACCACCGUCACCGACAGCGCGCCGGCCGCGGGGACGGGGGCAGAGUCCUAUCGGCUCCAGGAGUCCGGGGUGUCCGUGUAUCACCAGCAGCCAGGGCAGCAGCAGCAGCAGCAGCAGCAGCAGCACACCGGGAUGCCCCAGCAGCCGGCCAACUACACCUCUGUCCCAGACAUGAGCAGCCCUCCGCCGCCCUACAACAGCCUGAUGGCAGAACUCCUUCGCUCUGACGUGGAUGCCAGCUUCCUCCCCGGGAGCGGCCCCAGCAUCCACGGGAGGUUCCUGAUCAGCUCCGCGCCUUUCCCGACCACUCAGGAUUUAUUCCCCGAGCAUCCGAACAUUAAAGUGGAGCCCGCCUCCAUGGACACUUACGGACCCGUCAUGGGUCUGGUGCCGCAGAGCUGCGCCAAAGUCAAGCACGAGGGCAGCGUCUCGUGCAUGAUGUCGUACGAGCAGCAGCCGCGGCUGGCCAAUUCCCCGCAGACCGCGCUGGGCAGCAUGACGCCGCCUUUGAGUCCGGACGACCUGAUGAGCUCCGAGUGCCACCAGCCCCAGAUGUGCAACUCCGCCUCGCUGACGUUCCCGCAGAGCUUCCACCACGGGCAACAACGCUGCGCGUCAGGGGGGUUCCCUCACGGUCACGCUGGGGUGCAGAUACCUUUCCCCAUGGCGCAACACAGCCACCACCACCACCACCACCACCAGUUCCCCGGCAUGUUCGGGGAGGACGCGGCCAUGGGCAUGCAGCAGCAGCAGCAGCAGCAGCAGCCGGUGGCCGGCCAGCGGGUCCUGCUCACCCCGCCGUCCUCACCGCUGGAUAUGAUGGAUGCCAAGCCGAAGAGGGGACGCCGGUCCUGGCCGAGGAAACGGACGGCGUCGCACACCUGCACGUUCGCCGGCUGUGGGAAGACCUACACCAAGAGCUCCCACCUGAAGGCGCAUCACAGGACGCACACAGGAGAGAAACCGUACCACUGCAGCUGGGAGGGCUGCGGCUGGAAGUUCGCCCGUUCCGACGAGCUCACGCGUCACUUCCGGAAGCACACCGGACACCGGCCGUUCCAGUGUCACUUGUGUGAGCGCGCCUUCUCCCGGUCCGACCACCUCGCCCUGCACAUGAAGAGGCACAUGUGAGGAAGGACAAGGACUGCUAUGCACCGCAUGGACCCGAUUCAAAGAGCUAUAAUACUCCUAUGAUGAGUUAUAGACGGAUGCUGUGUAUAGACCUCAACUAUAGUGAUACCACGACAGCAUAAACUGCCAUACAGCACGAUGACUAAACUGUAAUACCUAUAGGAAUAUUAUAGUGAUUUUUUUAUUGGGACAAAAGGAGCAUCGAGAUGAGAUGCUCUGAAAUUAUAUUUUGCAAAAAGAUUUAUUUAAAUGUUUGGGUUUUUUUGAGACAAACAAACCACAAAUCAACGAGGAAAUACAGCCAGAUAUGACAGAAACAGAUUAAUUCUGUUCAAUUUUUUUAUGUAGCUGGUACUACUUUUUUUUUUGAAUGGAAUGCUGUUUAUAGAUACAACAAAUUAAAGGAACAUUCCACUGAACAUGUCAGGCACAUGUGCCACUGAAACAACUGGAAGCAGACAAUCCUUUUAGAAGAACAUUGAUUUAUAUCUUUGUACCUUCACCUAUAGUGCCUUUUAUAACACGUUAUUAUACAUCCUUACGAGUGCCAUAUUCUCCACUGGCUAAAUAAGACAAUCAAAGUCUGAUCCUGUGUGUUAUAUCGUGAGUGUAUAGGUGCGCGUGAGAUGAGCUUUGAGACAAUGUUUUGUUCUGAAACUGCCGUUCAUUCUGUCCUCCCUGAAGGCUUGAAUAGGACGUCACGUCUGUGAGUCAGUAGGAAGUCUCACAGAAGUGCGAUGCCAUCUCAGCGCCACCUGAUUGACAAAGGGCUACCCAGUCUUUAGCAAAAAAUACAAACCCAAAAAGACUUCUUUGUUUGUGUCUUGAAGAAAUGUACUGCCUUGUAAAUUGAAUCUUUUUUUAUAUAUAAUGUAAAUAGUUUAUUUUAAUGUACAUAUUAAACUAAAUGA